GCCACGAAAACGUGUGCGUCUGUCUGUCUACGGAGAAACGCCUGGCUUCCAACUUGCACCGCGCUGCUGCCAUCUGGUUCACCUGGCACUUGAUAAGCAUGGGCCAUGUGCUGCCCCGCACCGCUGCCUCUCUCCUCCUCUGUGUUCCCUGCCUGCCUCACUCUUUCAU